UAGUAUCGUUGGAGUCCAUAAAAUCGCGGAGACCAUUAAUUCGCGGCCAUUUUGUUUUUCUCCCCGGUCAUGUGAUUUUUAAGCUUCACGCGCCGGAAAUCACGUCAGCGUUUACUACAGUGUUUACUCUAGCGUAUCCAGCUGUCAGACAGUAAAAAAUGCGUUUUAAGCAGACCAAUCCUCAGCCUAUCAGAAGCAAUCCUCAGCCUGUCAGAAGCAAGUACAGACUGUAUUCACCAAGUGCAUUAACAAGUGCAUACAGAUGUGUUAAAGAAGAUGGUUUGUCAGUGCUGAAGGCGUCUAGAAUGUACAGUGUACCUGAAAAUACACUGAGAGACAGGGUUCUAGGAAAAAUUGACCCAGAAACUGUUGUUAUGGGAAAAGUGCCCCUAUUUGAUCAGUAUGAAGAGUCAAAAAUAGCAAAUCAUUUUAAAGAAAUGGCUAGCUACGGAUACGGUUACACAAGACAAGAAUGUGUUGAUAUAGCUUCAGAUUAUGCUGUCCAGUUGGGAAAAAGGGAUAAGGACAAACGUCUGUCAAUAAAUUGGUUGAAAGGAUUUUUACAUAGAUGGCCAGAAAUGAAGGUUGUGAAACCACGUGGAUUAGAGUUUAUUCGGGCUAAAAUGACAAAGGAAAGCACAGUCAUGGAGUACUUGAACAUUUAG